AUGGCUCAACUCAAUCAACCCUCGAACGAGCCUGCUAAAGCGCGCGUGGAAGAACUCGGAGAAAUCUCGCCUCCAACAGUCCAAUCCAUGUCUCUGCCGCGCCCACCCCCGAAUCCAGUGUCAGACCUCAUGGAUCUUGUCAUCAAUCGAGAGUCGCGCUACACAACGCACUCACUCGUCACAUCUUACCUGGGUAUUGAUGAUAUACGCAAUGUUCAGUUAGCCUGCAGAAAGACAUCGGAUCUGUACGCGAACAUGAAGAAGACCCAGUGGAACAUGAACACAAGCCUGCAGCCAUUCUUCAAAGACACUCGAAAGUUCCGCUCUGUGCAGGCCCAGACCGAGACUCUGAUCGGAAGCAAAUUCGCCGGAAAGUUCUUCCGUCGUCUGCAAGUCAAGAAUGAACUUCAGCUCUUUACGCAAGCUGGGGAGAAGGCGGAUGCUCUCAUUAGCUAUCUCAAACAGGAUGGCUAUGUUUUGGAUUUUGGGGUCGAGGGUGGAAGCGUAGAAUUUGGCAGCUCAAAGACGGACUAUCCACGCACGAUCGCCGCGAUAAAGCGCGACUCUGAAGAAGGACUGAUCGUCAAGACUGGCGAGUGGAUGAUCAAGAAUGAUAAGAUACAUCCAGAAUUUACCUUUGCACGUUCCGUUAGCGACAAGCUCUCGUGGGUAAUCAAGCUGGAUACCGCCGAUGUCUCCCCUGCUACGACCCCGGAUUCGCUGCUUGACGAUGCCCGGUUCUCCGUGGAAGUCACCAGCAUGUCGAGCAUAGUAUCUUACCUCAAGCUCAGAUAUGAUGUACUCGCAUCCUGCGCCCUACAACAUACAUACAUCUGCCUUGCACGCAACCACUUUGAGCCCGCGGUGGAAGGGGGCGAAAGGAGGCGACGUCAAUAUGAGGCAAAGAUAAGGCAACUUGAACAGGUACUGCACGCCGAGACAUCCAUGCAGCUCACCAUGCUUGACCCAGACGACCGGCCUCCUCAAUAUGCCACAAUAAUCAGUCGGAGAGGAAAAGACCAUACGGCUAAGGGCCACUUCAAGGCACCUCCGAAUUGGAACUACUUCGACGCAGAGAUCCAGGCCGAACUUCGGAGGAUAACCGAGCAGUUGCUCGCUACUGGCCCACCGAAAUAG